AUGCCUUUCAGUCACGUUGCCCUCGCCGUCGGCGAACACUACGUCGAGAUGCGCGACUUCUACAAAGCUGUUCUUGCUCCUCUUGGCUAUGAACUCAAGUUUGAAGGCACAGGUGCCAAGGGAGCUCAGUACUGCAGCUUCGGCGUCAAGAAUGGCGCUCCAGACUUUUGGCUUGGCGGCGGUGGCCCUGCGUUGAAGAAAUAUGAUGGCAAUCUUGAGAACAGAACUGCACCUGUUCAUGUCGCUUUCGAUGGUGAGAAUCAGAAGCAUGUUGAUGAGUGGUAUGAUGUGGCCAUUAAAGCUGGAGCGGUGGAUAAUGGAAAGCCUGGGCUGAGGGCGUAUAGAGAUGGAUACUAUGCGGCGUUUGUUCUGGAUCCUGUUGGGAACAACAUUGAGGUACUUCACAUGUCUUAA